AUGAGAGCAUUGCCUCGGCUCAGACCGGAACAUGCCGCUGGGGUGAGCCCGAGUGAGAUAGAAGCAAGGCCUCUAACAACCACCACCAACCACCACCAACAACCACCAACAACCACCGCCAACAACCACCACCAACCACCACCAACAACCACCAACAACCACCACCAACCACAACAACCCCCACCAACCACCACCACCAACAACCACCAACCACCACCACCAACCACCACCACCAACAACCACCAACCACCACCAACAACCACCACCAACCACCACCAACAACCACCGACAACCACCAACCACCACCACCAACAACCACCAACCACCACCACCAACAACCACCACCAACCACCACCAACAACCACCGACAACCACCAACCACCACCAACAACCACCGACAACCACCAACCACCACCAACAACCACCGACAACCACCAACCACCACCACCAACAACCACCAACCACCACCACCAACAACCACCACCAACCACCACCAACAACCACCGACAACCACCAACCACCACCAACAACCACCGACAACCACCAACCACCACCAACAACCACCACCAACCAGCACCAACAACCACCAACCACCACCAACCACCGCCAACAACCACCACCAACCACCACCAACCACCACCAACCACCACCCACAACCACAACAACCACCAACAACCAGCACCAACAACCACCAACCACCACCAACCACCGUCAACAACCACCACCAACCACCGUCAACAACCACCAACCAACACCAACAACCACCACCAACCACCACCACCAACCACCGUCAACAACCACCAACCAACACCAACAACCACCACCAACCACCACCACCAACCACCGUCAACAACCACCAACCAACACCAACAACCACCACCAACCACCACCACCAACCACCACCAACCACCACCAACCACACAAUGA